UUUAUAACGGCCGCAACCCUUCUCCUUCUCUUCCAACAAGCAAUUCUACCUUCCAAAUCUUCCAAUCUUCUACAAAUUUGCUCAUAUAAGCUGCAAAUCUAUCCAAAUCACACAAUGGCACCUCUCAAAGUCGGCGAUUCCCUUCCCCAGGGCGUUCAAUUCGAAUGGGCACCCAUCACUGACUCCGACCCCACCGCCUGCGGUCUCCCCCAACCCUACGAUGCCAGCAAGCAGUGGGCAGACAAGAAAGUCGUUCUCUUCUCCGUCCCCGGUGCCUUCACCCCCGGCUGCCAGGCCCGCCACCUCCCCCCGUACAUUGAGAAGCUCAGCGAGUUCAAGAACAAGGGCGUUGAUGUUGUGGCUGUCAUCGCCAGCAAUGACAGCUGGGUCAUGAACGCGUGGGGCAAAGUCAACGGCGUGAAAAAUGACGAUAUCCUCUUCCUCAGCGACACAAAGACCUUCUUCUCCAAGGAGUACGGCUGGCCUGCUGGUAUGGGCGACCGCAACGGCCGCUGGGCCAUGAUCUUCGACCACGGCAAAGUCACCUACGCCGAAAACGAGAAGAGCCCCGGAGAUGUCGACGUCUCUGGCGCCGAAGCCGUGCUCGCCAAGCUAUAA